UCCUCCCUGUGCAAGCGACGCCCACUGGACACGCUUACAAAACUGUUAGGAAAUAUUCUACAUCAUAACUCGUCCAUUUAUACGUAAACGACUUAUCAAGAGUGAAAAGUUUCGAUUUUGCCGCAGUUUUUCUCUUUUUUGAUCAUGCGUCAAUACGGGUCAGUGAGUAUAGUGAAAACUGCCCUGCUGGUUCUGCUGGCUGCCUGUCAACAAUGCGUCUCAGCCUACAGUGACUCUCUGGCCCCACCAGAGGUCUCGCAGCACAAUGACACUCUCUAUGCAGCCUGCAAAAUGAAACCCAGCACCUCACUGCCCGAGGGCCUGCCCAAGGUAUACGGUCACGUCGUGUUUAAGCAGGAUUAUCCUCAGGGAAAACUCAAAGUGCUUCUCCGGCUCACCGGCUUCCCCAGAGACGGCCGUCCAGAGCCGAGAGCGGUGCACAUCCAUCAGUACGGAGACUUGAGACGGGGAUGUGACUCCACCGGUGGCCACUACAAUCCAUAUGAUGUGCAUCACCCUAACCACCCAGGAGACUUUGGCAACUUUGUGACCCCGCAAGGGAAAAUCAACGCGAUAAUAGAAUCUGAGGCCACAUUGUUUGGAAGCCUGUCUGUGCUGGGAAGAGCAGUGGUGGUCCAUGAAAAGAUGGAUGACUUAGGGCGCGGUGGAGACACUGGGAGCCUACUGCAUGGAAAUGCAGGCCGAAGGCUUGCCUGCUGCGUUAUUGGCAUUUCUACCCCCGAUCUCUGGAACAUGCAAAAACAGAAUGCUCGCCGGCUGAGGAGAAUCUAGCCCGACAGUAGUUGAAUUCCCUUCAGGACAGAUUUUGUCUACAUGGUUGUGUGCAUUGUGCCUAAUACCUAGAAAAAUCUAACUCCAAAAAAAUCACCAUAGCCUAUGAAAAGUAAACACACUUUACAAUCUGGUGUGAGAGUUCUCUCAGUGCUAAGAAUAAAAUGUGGUGUUCCAUAUUGGCGGUGCAGUUCAUCAACCCACUAUACUGAUAUAUUUCAGCAACUUUUAGAUGGAUUGCUAUGGAAUUUGGCACAGACAUUUAUGGUCACCAGAGGAUGAAUCCUGAUGAUUUUGGUGACAUGACAGUAAGAAUGACAUUUGUGUCUUUUGUCUUGAUAACAACUGGAUGGAUUGCAAUUUUGGUGCCUCAUUCAAAUAAUCUGGAUGACCUGAAAUUAUUUUUUUUAUCUAGCCUCAUCAUCAGAUUCAGCUUUCAGUUUGUCCAAUACUUGGUUUUGUGACCAAAUUCUUGAAAAAAAUCCCAUUCUCCUCAGCCUCAGCUGUGUUUUCUGUUUAUUACCACUAACAUGCUAACCUUAUAAAGGCUUGCAGAACUGCUAGCAUACAGCUGUAAUCUUGCUUAAAAAAAUGCAGAAAGCACAAACCAUUUAAACAGCUUUUUAAGUACAUCCAGUUAAGGCUUACCAAAAGAGCAACAUGUCACAGUAUAUCAGUCAGUCUAUGCAUGUAUCUGAUUUAUGAAGCUGAGACAAUAAAAGCCCUUGAAAAGUAAUUUGCACACAUCCACAGAGAUAACACGAUGUAAUUUGUAUCUGAUGACUUUGUAUUUUCUUCCCUCAAAGACAAAAUAAAAAUACUGGUAACACA